CCUUCUUUCUGAGACAAAUGAUCUUUGCUACAGGAUUUUGCAAAGGCGCUUGAACUUCUUCUCGCUGCAGCAGAAGCAGGCAUUCGAGAUUCAACGGUACUUUGGAGCUCGUCGACUCAGAGGAGUGAUGGGCGUGACGCAGUUUGAAGUGGGUCGCUUCUACAAGGAAGGCAUCGGAGUUGAUGCAAACAUGGACCUGGUGCAUGGUAGACAUUCUUCUAUCGCAUGCGUGAAUCAAACGCAGGCUGUCAAGUACUUCAAGGCCGCCAUGGAUCCCUCCACGGACGACCACAUUAACUCUCUGUCAGCUUACGAGCUCGCAAAGAUCUACAUUCAGGUCCGCUCGGUUUCGAGGGUUUAAAUUUGCAUGAUGGGCUUUAUAGGACAAGUACGAGCCAAGCGUUGAAUCGAGGAAGGAAGGGCUUACGUUCCUAGAGGUUGCAUGCAAGCAGAGGCACCCUGAAGCAUGGUAUCAAAGUGAUGAAAACCAGCUUCAUUUUCUGAAUGCUCGCAGCUACAUGUUAGCAAACCUGUACUUGGAAGGACAUCUCGUGCCAAGGUCAAAGAAGCAGGGUAUAUCAUACUUGAAGAUUGCAGCUCAGGGGGGGCACAAGGCAGCUUCGAAUGCACUUCGUAAGGUUAAAGGAUGAUGUUUGCUGUGGGACAUGUCAUGAUCUUUCUUUAUCUGGCUCCGUCUCUGGCUGUGAACAAGCUCCUACUGUCUAUCUCUUUCCUUAUCACCUCAUUUCGCCAUGCUUGAACCUUCAUCUCUACCUCUAGUCGAUCUCAAUUCUAUCCGA